UAUUAGGAGUGUUGCUAUAUGAAAACGGUGAAAUUGAAAAUACCAAAGACAUAUUGUUAGAAUUUUGGACAAAAAGACAAAAACAGAAAAGAAAUAUGCAAAACUAAAAAACAGACAGUGAAUAUAACAACAGUAAAUAAACAGAAAUAUCAAAAACCCGGACCGACAGGAAAACACAUCAGGAAGUGCCGUUCCAAAAGGCACUACUUCCGAGUUGUCCCGAGUUCCGACACCUACAGUACCAGAACAUCUGAGAGAGGGAAGAGCAGACAUGUCUGUAUUUCGCCCUGGUUUGUUUAAGGGAAAGGUGGCUCUUGUGACUGGGGGUGCCACGGGCAUUGGCAGAGCCAUCACUGAAGAACUACUGUCCUUAGACUGCAGAGUUGUAAUAGCUUCAAGAAAGAAGGAAAGACUAAAGAAUGCAGUUCAGGAGAUGUGUCCAAACAGCAAUAAAUUAAAAGCCAAGGUGUGCAACAUUAGGAAUGAAAGCCAAGUGAAAGACCUGAUUUCCUUCACAGUAAAUGAGAUGGGCAAGCUGGAUUUCCUGGUGAACAAUGGUGGCGGUCAGUUCCCAUGUGGAGUGAGUGACAUGACUUUAAAAGGAUGGAAUGCUGUGAUUGAUACAAACCUUAAUGGUACUUUCCUCAUGUGUCAGGAAGCUCAUCGACAGUGGAUGGCACAGCAUGGUGGUGUGAUUAUCAAUAUUAUUGCUGACAUGUUUCGAGGUUUUCCUCUCAUGGCCCAUACUGGAGCUGCCCGCGCAGCAGUGGAGAAUCUCACGAAGUCUCUGUCAGUUGAAUGGGCUGAAGAUGGAGUUCGAAUUAAUGCAGUUGCUCCUGGCAGCAAUAUUUAUUCUCCAACAGCUGCCAGCAACUAUGGAGAUUUGAAAAUCUUUGACCACGUACGUGAAGGUGUUCCCAUGAAACGCCUUGGUACACCGCAGGAGGUGGCAAGCACAGUAUGCUUUCUCCUCAGCCCAGGAGCUGCUUUCAUCACUGGAACAACCUUCAAGGUGGAUGGUGGAGCCAGCCUGUAUUCAUAUCUCAACUGGAGGAUUGGUGAUUAUUUAGAACAACAUAAUGUCAAGAAAGUCAAGUUGCAUGGCUGGUUUAGUUCCAUGAUGUGGCCACCAGGUGUCACCAGGUCUUCCCCAUGUGUACCGUCAGCACAGUGUCCCUUCAUGUGGUGCUUCAAGCUCAUUGUUUCAGUUUAAUUCAGUAAUCAUGUUCACUUUAUGUAUUUUUUACAUUAAACUUUAGAAACAUAGCCCUCACAUAAUCUGAGAAAUUCCUGUACUUCAUAU